UGAACAAUGAAAUUAAGAAGCAAGACUUAAAACGGCAACCUUAAUGUGGCCUUUACAGAGUGCCUUAAGCUUGCUAGUAGCCUAGUACUAACAACUAACAAACCACAGUUGGCACAAUUAGCCUAAAUUGGUCGAUUGGGCAUUAGAUUUGGUCAUCAAUUUGGCAAUUUUUAAUUCACACUUCAACAGUCUGCUGCCGCCCAGCCUAAACCCGUCCCUUCCAACUGCCCAAAGGCUCAGUCACUUUCAUUGUUAAAUCCUCCUUCCUUCCUCUCUCUUCCCCGAUCAUCUCUCUCUUUCUCUCUCCUAAAUUUCUGUGUUCAAUCAUGGCUCAUUCCGCCAUCGCCAAGGUUUCUGUUGCUGUUCCAGUUUCAAAUGAAUCUGCUGUGAAAGGUUCUACUUUCAAGACAUACAGUGUAAGCUUUGGCAGUAAAUCAUGGGUCCCUGGCUAUACAUUGGACCUGAAAACAAACAACUUAAGACUGAGAAAGCAGUCAGUAGUAUGCAUGUCUGUGCAAGAAGCCGCCAUAACUAAAGUUGCGGUUUCACCUUUGGAGCUUGAAGAUGCUAAAGAACCACCAAUGCAUGUGUACAAGGCCAAGGGGCCAUACACAGGAACCAUCGUUUCUGUUGAAAGGGUUGUAGGUCCUAAGGCUCCAGGGGAAACAUGCCACAUUGUGAUCGAUCAUGCUGGCAAUGUUCCCUACUGGGAAGGGCAGAGCUAUGGUGUUAUUCCCCCGGGUGAGAACCCCAAGAAACCUGGGAAUCCUCAUAAUGUGCGUCUAUAUUCCAUUGCUUCUACGAGGUACGGAGACUAUUUUGAUGGAAAGACUGCAACUUUAUGUGUUCGUCGAGCACUCUAUUAUGAUCCCGAGACAGGUAAAGAGGACCCUGCUAAAAUGGGUGUAUGCAGCAAUUUCCUUUGUGACUCUAAGCCUGGAGACAAGGUCCAGAUAGCUGGUCCUUCGGGCAAGGUUAUGCUUUUACCUGAGGACCCGAAUGCCACACACAUAAUGAUUGCUACAGGAACUGGUGUGGCCCCAUACAGAGGCUACCUUCGUCGCAUGUUCAUGGAGGAUGUCCCUGCAUACAAGUUCAAAGGCCUUGCUUGGUUGUUUCUUGGGGUUGCCAAUACCGACAGUCUUCUAUAUGAUGUUGAAUUUUCCAAAUAUCUAAAAGACCACCCGGAUAAUUUCCGGUAUGACACGGCUCUUAGCCGAGAACAUCAGAAUAAGAAGGGUGGGAAGAUGUAUGUUCAGGAUAAGAUUGAAGAAUACAGCGAUGAAAUCUUCAAGCUGCUUGACAAUGGUGCUCACAUUUACUUCUGUGGGCUCAAAGGGAUGAUGCCCGGAAUUCAAGAUACACUAAAGAGGGUUGCAGAAGAAAGGGGGGAGAGCUGGGACGAAAAGCUUUCUCAGUUGAAGAAGAACAAGCAGUGGCAUGUAGAGGUAUAUUGAUAUAGUGUAUACCACCAUGUUAUUUUUAUUUUUCGGAUGCUUCAAUGUAGAAAGAAGAUCUGCUUGUGUUGAGAUAGCUUCAAUCACUUGCUUUUAGUCUGAAUGAAAGGUUAGCUUUCAAGAAGUGGGUAUUUUAAUCCCAAUUUAAUGAAUUUCAAUAAACGUGUUUAUUUGAUGAUGGAUUUCCCCUCUAUUGAUAAUAACUACGAAGUAGUUAGUAGCCUGGGUGAUGCCCGGAUUGUUGGA